AGGAAAAAAAGAACUUUCCCAGAAGCCAAACCAACCAAGUAACAACACAACUCUCCACCCACCUUUCGAUUUAUCGACACUAACUCGCCCUUUUUGCCUUUUUUCUUUGUUGUAUUUUUUAUUCGGUCAAAUUUCGCCAUUGGAUGAUUUUGGUCAUGGUUGACAGCUAGCUUACGUUUAAAAGUUGUGGUUUCACAGUUCAACUCUUCUUUGUUUCACGGGCCAACUUUGUUUGUAUCAUUUUGUUACUUUUGUAGCCUUGUUUAUUUGCUUCUUCGUUUCGGUUUUGGAGAAAGAGUGAAGAAAGUUUAAGCUUUUAUUCUGCUCAUGGGGUGUUGCUGGAGUUCUGGAGAAGAAAAUGAAACUACUCUUCACACUGGAACAACUUCGAGAUACAAUAACAGAGAUGGAAAUGGUUUAAGUGGGUCAAGCAGCAGGGUUUCAUCGGUUUCGGUGCCUCGGACUGAGGGAGAGAUCUUACAGUCCUCCAAUUUGAAGAGUUUCAGCUUUAAUGAACUAAAAACGGCCACCAGGAACUUCCGUCCUGACAGUGUUUUGGGUGAAGGUGGAUUUGGUAGUGUCUUUAAGGGCUGGAUUGAUGAGCAUACUUUCGCCGCCGCCAGGCCGGGAACUGGCAUUGUUAUAGCUGUGAAGAGGCUUAAUCAAGAGGCCAUCCAGGGUCACCAGGAAUGGCUGACCGAAAUAAAACACCUGGGACAGCUUUCUCAUCCUAAUCUUGUGAGAUUGUUUGGCUACUGCUUAGAGGAUGACCACCGGCUGCUGGUGUAUGAGUUUAUGCCCAAGGGGAGCUUAGAGAAUCAUCUAUUCAGAAGAGGCUCUUAUUUUCAACCGUUGUCAUGGAACCUUCGCAUGAAGGUUGCCCUUGGCGCUGCAAAGGGUCUAGCAUUCCUGCAUAGCGACGAGGCUAAAGUGAUUCAUCGCGACUUCAAAACUUCUAAUGUCUUGCUUGAUUCAAACUACAAUGCUAAGCUCUCUGAUUUUGGGUUGGCCAAGGAUGGGCCAACAGGCAGUGCUAGCCAUGUCUCGACAAGGAUUAUGGGCACCUAUGGUUAUGCAGCUCCAGAAUAUAUGGCCACUGGUCAUUUAACUGCAAAAAGUGAUGUAUACGGUUUUGGAGUUGUUCUCCUUGAAAUGUUAUCUGGCAGACGAGCAAUCGACAAGAACAGGCCUGGUAGAGAGCAAAAUUUAGUGCAAUGGGCAAAGCCUUACCUUCAAAACAAGCGCAGAUUUUUCCAAGUGAUGGAUGCUCGUAUUGAAGGCCAGUAUCCACGCAAUGCAGCCCUAAAAGCAGCUGCUCUCACAGUCAAAUGCCUAUCAGCAGAAGCCAAGUUCAGGCCAACCAUGGAUGAGGUUGUAAAAGCAUUGGAGCAACUUCAAGAUUCCAAUGACAUGGCCCUCCAGAAAUGAACCCCUGAAAAUAUUGAUCCCAGACACAACAGAAAGAGGCUUAAUGAUGAAAAUCUCAAUGGCAAAGCUCCCAUGCAAUAGGCCACAAAAGAACUUCUGCUCUUGGUACAUAAAACCAAAAAAAAGGAGAAAUUUGAUACGUGCUUUAUUGUUGUGUUUAGAUGCAUGCAAUCCUGUGAAAAUGUGCAUGCAUAAACAAUGGUCGAUCCCUGUACAGCCUUCUUGAACAUCUCCAUUUGACAUUGUUUUUCCUUUGUUUAUUGGAAUUGAUCUCAAUUGUGUGAUUAAACCUUCA